UGGUUGGCUUCUUAGCAUUUUCAACAUGUCGUCGGCCGACGAAAUCAUGAAAGAGGUCCCUGGUCUUAUUCGUGUCUUCAAAGACGGACGAAUCCAGAAAUUUCGCCUCCCCAUUCUUGUUCCCGCCGGCGUCGAUCCUUCAUCGGGGGUCAAUUCAAAAGACGUCGUAUUUUCACCGGAAAACAAUAUCUUCGCCAGGCUUUACAUCCCAAAAACCACAACCCCAAACCACAAACUCCCGCUUGUAAUAUUCUUUCACGGCGGUGGAUUCAUCAUCGAAUCUGCUGCCUCCUCUAACUACCACAACUUCCUCAGCCUCGUGGUUGCAGAAUCCAACGUCGUCGUCGUCUCCGUUGACUACAGACUCGCGCCGGAGUUUCCCCUGCCGGUGGCUUACGAAGACUCCUGGGAAGCGAUCAAAUGGGUCGCGCAGCAUGUUAACGGGAACGGUCCAGAUCCAUGGCUAAACGAAUACGCCGAUCUUCAAAACAUCUUCCUCGCCGGCGACAGUGCCGGAGGUAACAUAUCCCACCACAUGGCUAUCCGGAUCGGGUCGGAUAUUCUGGAAGGCUUACGGUUCCGAGGAGCUAUCUUGCUGCACCCGUAUUUCUGGGGCAAAGAACGGGUCGGUAAUGAAUCCGAUUCCAUUGAAGCAGAGGUGAUCGGUAUUCUGGAUGACUUGUGGUCUUUGGUUCACCCAGGAGGCAGUGGGUCAGAUGAUCCGUUAAUCAACCCGGGUAUGGAUCCGAAAAUAGCGGGUAUGGGUUGCUCCAAGAUACUGGUUUGUGUUGGUGGAAAUGAUUUUUUGAGGGAAAGAAAUUGGUAUUAUAAACAAGUGCUUGAAAAGAGUGGGUGGAAGGGAGAAUUGGAGGUGGUGGAGGAUGAGGGGGAAGGACACGUGUUCUUCCUAAUAAACCCUUCUUCCCUAAAUGCUUGUACUUUGCGCACUAGAAUUUGUACCUUCAUCAAUCACAAUUGAGAAAC